GAUAAUAAGUUAUUAUUUAAUGGAGACAUUUACUUAAAAGCGUUUACUAAAGGUGAUAAGACCAGUUGGAGCAAGUUGAAUGAUGAAGAUAAAGAAUAUUUUAUUGAACUUAAAGACAUUUCCGGUCGUUAUUAUGAUGAGUUUCCACACAUUAAUAAGAGUAUGGAAGUUAAUGAAUCCGUUAGCCUUAAAGAAAGGAAGAAAUUAAUAGAAAGACAAGAGACAAACAAGUCUGAACCUAGCCCCUCUCAACCUAUAGCUAGGAAACAAACGGCUAAGCAUUCAAUAUAUUUUGAUAAAAUACCUUAUACUCCUACAAAGAAACUUAAAGUACAAAAUGAAAAUGCGACUUCCCAACACGUGAAACAGGACAUCCAGCAAGAGAAAGAUAAUCAUACAAAUAACGACGAGUUGGAUCAUAUGGACGUAAUAGAAGUUCAACGAGAAGUUGAUCCGAUAAUUAUUUCACCGACUAUUCCAUUCUUAGAUGAAUUUGAUGAUGAGAUAUCAGAAAAAGAGAGUGAUUUGUUUGAAAUGCUAUCUAAUAAUAAUCUUGAGAAUUCCCAGCUUAUUUCAAGAUAAUGGUGGAUAAUUAUUAUAAAAUUAUUGUUACAUUAAUAAAUAAUUCUUUUUAUAAUGAAUUUAUAUAAUAAAUCAAUAUUUUUGUAGCUUUUUU